ACCACACGAAACCCUUGUACCGACUGUUCCUCAACCUCUCUUUCUCUCUAUUCUCCUACUUUACUUAUUUCCUUCAAACUUUUCUCCUCUCGUCCCAUCAUCAUCAUGUCCUCCCAUACCAAUCUCCACUCUCCUAAACCGGAUCACCGUACCACCGGGACACCCCAUACCAAAAAACCACCGUCCUCCUCCACCUCUCAAGACCAACAAACCCUAAAAUGCCCUCGUUGCAACUCCUCAAACACAAAGUUCUGUUACUACAACAACUACAGCCUCUCUCAGCCUCGUCACUUCUGCAAAGCUUGCCGUCGUUACUGGACACGUGGUGGUGCCUUAAGAAACGUCCCCAUCGGUGGAGGAUGUCGGAAAACCAAAAAAUCAUUCAAACCUAACGCAGUAGCAACUCCUUCUUCAUCUCAGAGAUUUUUCUCUUCAAUCAUGGAAGAUUCCUCCAAGUUCUUCCCUCCUCCAACAACAAUGGAUUUUCAGCUCGCUGGUUUGUCUCUCAACAAAAUCAACGAUCUUCAACUUAUGAAUAAUCAAGAAGUUCUUGGCCUUAGGCCCAUGGACCAGGUCGAGACAACACCAGUAGAUGUCGGGUCGGGUUUAUCUUUAAUGGGUUUUGGAGAUUACAGCAACAACAACCAUUCAACGGGGACGUUCACAACCGCCGGAGGAACCGACGGAAACUUAGCUACUUCGAUAGAAACUUUGAGUUCUUUAAACCAAGAUUUGCACUGGAGACUUCAGCAACAGAGGAUGGCUAUGCUUUUUGGUAGCUCUAAAGAAGAGACUGUCGUUGUGGAGAGGCCACAGCCGAUACUUUACAGGAAUCUCGAUAUCGUGAACUCAUCGCAGUCGCCGACGAAGAAAGGAGAUAAUCAGACAGAGUGGUAUUUUGGUAAUAAUAAUAAUAAUAAUGAUAAUGAAGGGGUGGCUAAUAAUAACAACACAGGAGGAAGUGAGCAAUGGAACAAUGGAGUUCAAGCUUGGACUGAUCUUAACCAUUAUGAUGCUUUGCCAUGAUUAUUGGUAAGUUAAAAGGAACUAUAUUAUGUGAUCAGAUAUUUAAAAUUAUGUGUGUUUCUUAUGUAAUGCCAAAGAAUAUUUAUGUUUUUAGUAUUUGUUGGUUUGGGUGCUCUUUGUAGUCAGUUUUUGUUGUUGUUGUUGGUUACUAUUUAGAUUUAUAAGUUUCAAUUUGUAAACAAAAAUUUAAGAAUUGAGAGAUAUACUAUAAUAGAUUCUCUAAACUUGUGACUUUUCUGUACUCAUAAUUAUCUCAAUGUUGGAAAUAUUCGAAACAAGAUUUACUGCG